AUGAGAACAGAGGCGCCUUCCCGAACCAACGGCCAGCUAAAGAACGAGGGAGCCGCCCCCCUACCGCCCGCGCGGUGGAGAGAGACACAAUGCUUGGUGUGUCUGAAAUGGUUCGCGUCUCUUGAAUCCGUUCGAAAGCUCUGCAGACGAUAUCAUGAGGGCCACGGGGUUCCUGUAACGGUGAAACGCCGGAGGCUCCAUGAGGAUGCUCCUGAUGACUUGCCUCUUUCUGCCUUCUUGUGCCCCGCAUGCGGAUUCCAGCGCCACAGCAAACAUGGACCCACAAGGCACCGCAUGGCCAGCCACGGAUUCAGGUCGGACAUCGUGGAAAACAAGCCAACGUGGACAGUGCGAAGAGACGAGCAUGCACCUAUUGAGCUGCCCCGCACUAAAAAGUCUACGGUGUCACUUUGGGGUGGAUGGGGGCGACAUGGAGAAGCUGUGCUUUCUGCAGAAGCUGGCAAAUUCCUGCUUGCAGUGGAAAGGUUUUGUCCUCAACGGCCUUCGCCGACAGAACCAACGCCAACCAUACAGGUCCAGGAAUAG